AUUCUAGUCGAUGACUGUGUCAAGUUAGUUUCUCGUCCCAUUAUUUAUGCCGCUGACCUUCUUCUUUCUCCAUUAUCUUUCUCUCUUUCCUCUUGUGCCUUAUAAAUCCAUCACACUCUUUACCACUUUCUCCAAAAAUGGGGCGAUCACCAUGCUGUGACAAGGUGGGUUUAAAGAAAGGACCCUGGACGCCAGAAGAAGAUCAGAAGCUCUUGGCUUAUAUUGAACAACAUGGUCAUGGAAGCUGGCGUGCUUUCCCAGCAAACGCUGGACUUCAGAGGUGUGGCAAGAGUUGCAGAUUGAGAUGGACUAAUUAUCUAAGGCCUGAUAUUAAGAGGGGAAAGUUCAGUAUGCAAGAAGAACAAACCAUCAUUCAACUCCAUGCACUCUUAGGGAACAGGUGGUCUGCAAUAGCCACACAUUUGCCAAAGAGAACAGAUAACGAGAUCAAGAACUACUGGAACACGCAUCUGAAGAAAAGGUUAGACAAAAUGGGCAUCGACCCAGUCACCCACAAGCCCAAGAACGAUGCCCUUCUCUCCACCGAGGCCCAUUCCAAGAGUGCCGCCAACCUCAGCCACAUGGCUCAGUGGGAGAGUGCUAGGCUCGAAGCCGAAGCAAGGUUGGUCAGAGAAUCUAAACUACGCACUUCAGCUUCAACACUACCACUUCCACCCUCACAUCAUGCUAUUGCAACUAGGGUUAGUGACCUCGAUGAGUCCUCCACGUCCACGUUAUCUGAGAACAAUGCAACCACAAUUAUGAGCAGUGUGGUUGAUUUCAAUGUGAAGGAAGAAGAAGAGUGGAAAGGCUCAACAAACAUGGGAGAAUACAAAGAUGAAAUGGAGAAUUCAAUGCCUUUCACGUCUAGUUUGCAUGACUUGACGAUGACAAUGACCAGUGCUAGUACUGCACAUGCACAUGCUCAUGUACAUGUGGAGGGAUUUACUACCCUUUUGCUCAAUACUAACAACGCUGACCGGACUGAAAGGGACUCUAAUAUUACUAAUUCUCAUCACUGCAAUCAUGGUGGCGCUGACUUAUAUGAAGAUAAUAACAAGCACUACUGGAACAACAUCAUUAAUUUGAUGAAUUAUUCUUCUCCUUCAGAUUCACCCAUGUUCUGAUUCGGUUGCAUGGCAAGAUAUUAUAAAUACGCGGGGCUUGUUUACAAUACACAUAGAGAGAGAGAGAGAGAAAUAAAUACAAAUUUUCAAAGGUACGAAGACCGAAUCAAGGGUCCAUUGUUGUGUUGGAAGUGUUUGAGUUUGCUGCAUCUCCAUCAAAUUAAACGAAAUCAGAAGGCCAUUGGUUUUCUUCAUCAGAGUGUUGCCAUAAUUAAGAAGCGAGCUUAGAAAGAUAAUUAAGUACGUGUCGCUUCCGUGCAUCAUCAAAUGUUCAUAUCAUUAAUUAAUUUGUUUUGGAUUUGUCUUGAUUUCUACGUAUGUUUCCUGGUUGAGGAUAUGUUUGUGUAGAGAGACAGAUGAUAAUGGAUAGAGUAGUGUGUACUCUAUAGUAAUUUCCUUUUUGUUUUAUACUGUAUACAAGCAAUAUCCAAUAAUAGAAGCAUUUAGUAUGGACUUUA